AUGAUGUCGACAUCGUCAUCAAUGCUUCCGACGACUCCGAUUGGAAAACAACAAGUUAUUGAUCUCAAAGCAGGAGCUAUACUCAGAGAAAAUGCCAGAAAAAGUGGUCAAUUCUUUGGAUGUCCACUUUCUGUCGUUCUGGUGCUUAUCAUUCUAAUCAAAUGUCUUUUCAUCUCAUUUUGGAUAAUUCGAGAAUAUGAAACCUUUGAUUUUCGUUGUUCCGCAUGGGGUGGUGGAGGUCAAAUUGUAGAUAGUAUGUAUCGGACAAAGCGAUGGAUUAAUUUCUAUGGUUUCUCCCAAAACUCGAAUCCAAAAAAACUGAACAAAAACUGGAAUGAUGGAGAUGGUGAGGGUGAUUAUGAUUAUGCAGGAGAAGGAGAUGCCGAGCCAAUGAUGAGAAAGAAGCGAUGGAUUAAUUUAAAUGGUUACUCCCAAAACUCGAAUCCAAAAAAACAGAACAAAAACUGGAAUGAUGGAGAUGGUGAGGGUAAUUAUGAUUAUGCAGGAGAAGGAGAUGCCGAGCCAAUGAUCAGAAAGAAACGAAUGGCACAAUAUGAGAAAUCAGAUCCCAGGAAAUUCUCUAAAACUCCAGAUGACGAUGAUGAUGACAAUUCAAAAACAGACGUCAUUAACAAAGAGAAAAAGAAAAAGAAGCCGUUAUACGGUAGAUCAACAUCGACUUCCACUGAUAUACAUCCUCCGAAAAUAGACCCUCGAUUAGAUUUUGGACCUCUUCCACCAAAUUUUCAGCGAAGAAUUGAUAGUAAUCAUAUACCAGACGUUGGAGAAGAUGAAGAUGAUCUGCCAAUGACUACGAUGGUCACAUUGACAAAUACUCAAAUUGUUCAAUUGUCUGGAGAAGAUACUGGGGUUGUCAAAAUGAAAACCAUUAGAAACCGUGUUGAAAAAGUUGGAUCCGAUGAAGAGCAGUUCAUUGAAAUUGAUAUUGCAAACGCUCCAAGAAUCUACGUUUCAAAGAUCAAAUCAAGGCAUGGAGGAGAAGAAGAAGAACAGUUUGACCUACUUAAAGAGCUUAAAAAAGACGAAGAAGCAAAGGAAGAGAAGAAAAAGAAAAAGAAGGGAAAAGGAUUGAAAAAGGCGAAGAAAUUAGCAGCUACAGAGAAUCCGAAGACUGAAGUUAAUACCACGUCAUCAGAAACUUCAACGACUACGACUAAGAAACCGAAAGGAAAAGGAUUGAAGAAAUUGAAGAAGCAGAAGACGUCACCAGGAGAAGAAGUCACCAAACUGCCACGUCAUCUUGUCGGAAAAUCUUCAAGCAUGGGUCCCACGACUCCAAAACCGAAAUCCAGUUGGAUAAAUGGAGUGGUGGAUCCCCAGGACCCAAUGUUCUCAAAUCAGGGGCAAAUUAGAGGAUAUCCAAUGCAAAAAGCGAGUAAAAAGCCAUCAACAACUACGAUGAGAGCAUUGACGUCUGAAGAAGAAAAGGAGAAUUUGAAGAUUUCUGAAAGUACUCGAAUGAUGUGGGAUAUGGAUGAGUUGAAAUAUACUACAUUUUUGGCUCCGAAGACAACAGAACAAACGAAAAUGGUUGAGGAAAAUACGAAUCGGGGAGAAGAUGUCAAGUUUAAAACGACGGAUUCAGAAGGCGUUCCGAAGAUGGUGACGUCAUCAACAACCACGACUACAACAGAAAAACCACUUCCAGGAGGUAUGAGUAAACACGAGUGGGAGCAGAAGAAAGAAGAGUUUGAAGCAUACACUCCGUCUAUUCUGAUUUCUGAUCUUCAACCAUCUCAUUCGGGAAAGUCUUCUCAUUCCGAAGUGUCAGCUCCGUACCACGUUCAUCUUCCAUCCGCCUUAACAACGUCUACUUCUUCACCAAAUGUACCGAAUUUCCAUUUUAUUCCGCCAUCUUCUGAAGCGCCAUAUUACGUGGAAGUCAAUGAUGCUGAUACUGAAACAAUAUACGUGAAAGAUGUAACUCCGAUGUUCAGGAAUGCAUUUAUGGGACAGGAUCAACAGGAGACAACAACUAGACCUUAUGAUCCAUUACAUUUAGAAAUGGAAAUCGCCAAACUGAAAGAAUCGUCCACAUGUCUCGCUCGAAUGGCUUUCGACGUAUGGUGUCUUUUUGUGCUAUUCUCCUCUGUCCUAUUCAUUAUGGGGAUCUGUGUUCCAAGAUGGAGCCUUUUCGUACUUCAUAUUGUUUUCGAUUUCCUGUUUUUAGUUGUCGGAUUUGUUACCAGCCUGACCAUUGCUUUUAUGUCAAGUAUAAUGUACUUCUUGAUUGAUGAGAUGACGUCAGAUUCAUUGUUCGAAUUUUUAUUAGUAGCGUUUGUGAUAGAUAUAAUUCUAAUACUAUACUCAAUUAUUGUUGGAAUUUCCUAUCGAUGUUGCUGUCGUCUGGUCGAUAACACCAUCAAGGAGACGAGUAUAAAUUAUAGUGUGAGCAGCAAUGGAGAGCCCGUUUAA